UCAGGGCACAUUCGAGCAUGGAAUUGGUCGAGGUAACGAGUGAAGACAUGUUAGGUGAAGACGAAAGCACGCCUGUGAAGCCCAAAAAUUCGGUCCCAAAUAUACUCAAUAUGGACAAGCUUCAGCCGGCGACGGAAGCCAUGUCCCUGUUCGGUUUCAUCAUGUUCUUUAUCUACUUAAUGGACUACAAGAAAGUUGUUGCAUCUGGGGAACGCAUCUACUUUAAGGACACUUUUAUCUUCAUCAACUUCUUGAUAUUGAUUGUGGCGAUGGCCUUCACAGUUAUCGUCGAUCCCAAGCAAACCAAUGUUCUGCUGAGUCGAGACCAAACUGAAGAGUGGAAGGGAAUCAUGCAGAUGAUUUUUGUGCUAUAUCACUACUACAAUGCUGGUGUAGAUGUAUACAACCUCAUCCGUAUCUUAAUUGCCGGGUAUGUAUGGAUGACAGGCUUCGGUAACUUCAUGUACUUCUACCACAGGAAAGAUUACUCAGGGCUGCGACUGAUGAAAAUGUUGUUCCGUCUCAAUUUCCUCGUGUUUUUCUUCUGUUGGGCUCUGGAUACCGAAUACAUGCUGUACUACAUUUGCCCGAUGCACACCUUCUACUUUUUGAUGACCUUUGGGGUCCUCUUCGUGCUCAAGGGAAAGAACGACAGCAAUGCGGUGAUUUGGAUCAAAUUCGCAGCGACGUUUGUGCUACUAUUCUUCCUGUACGAUGUGAAAGACAUUGGGGAAAGCAUCUUUGCGUUGGCAUACCCAAUUAUAUCAUACGAAGGCACUCUGCACGAGUGGAUGUUCCGCAGUGGACUGGACCACUAUGCACCCCUCAUUGGCAUGAUAGUAGCGUACAAUCACAAACGGCUCACAAACUUCCUGCCUGUCGCUGGCGAGGAAAAGAGUGUCAAAUCAAUCGCCAUCGUCGGAGUGUGUUUGGUGUCCAUCUAUAUUUGGUAUAAUAACGUUUACCUCCUGCCUAAGAUGGAGUAUAACGUAAUACACCCAUACACCUCCUGGAUUCCCCUCAUGGCGUAUGUGGCUCUAAGAAAUCUGACCCCCUGGUUGAGAGAGAGACAUAUGGAGCUAUUUGCCUGGUGUGGUCGCAUUACGUUGGAGACAUACUUGUGCCAGUUCCACAUUUGGCUCCAGUACAAUGCCAAACGGCUGAUCGUAUGGAUCCCUGGGUACCCUCUGAUGAACUUUGUUAUUGCCACCGCGAUAUACGUCUUCCUCAGUCAUACUCUAUUCCGUAUCACGAACGUUCUCAGCGAUUUCCUCUUCCCCAACGACAUGAAGCAGGUGGUGACCCACCUUGUGGUUUUCGCCGCGCUCUCGUUCGUAUCCUUCAUGACCGUGGUGGCUUUCCAUACUCUGCUAUAAUGAUCCCCUCGAGAUGGCAGUAAGUAAUAUGUUGUAGGCCAUCAACCCUAGUGGCAGAAAAUAGCAAACAUGGGAUAUUAUUUGCAGACCAGGCAGAUGACGAUCUUCAAAUCCUCUUCCAACACGGAGAGUAUUGCGUAGCGAAAAUUGUCCUCUAAUCACUCUCAUCUAGAUUCCUCGGUCCCCGCACGGGAUACGCACAGACCAGAUGAAGGUCUGGGCUAAAUAACAAUUAAAACAUGAAUGAAAUUGGAAG